AUGGUGGUGCCGGUGCGUGUUAAUUCCCAGCAAUUCCUAACCAGACAGGACAUGAAUGAAAUAGCCAAGGGCAUGAGAAAGGUUUGCCUUUCGAAAAGUAAAAUAUCUGAAGAAAUCGCCGACUUUCCUAGCAAGGGCAUUUUCCCGGAUGAUCCAGAAUUUAAAUGUUACGUUGCCUGCUUGAUGGAUCUCUCGCAAACGUCCAAGAAAGGGAAACUCAACUAUGAUGCUGCGGUGCGCCAGAUUAGCAUUCUGCCGGAGGAAUACAAACAGCCGUUCCGGCAAGGGCUCGAAGCUUGCCGGAAUGCAGCCGACGACGUGUCGGACAGAUGUGAGGUGGCCUAUACGUUGUUGAAGUGUUUUUUCAAAGCCAGCCCAAAAUUCUUCUUCCCGUAA